CGCACCAGGUGUUCAGGUUCCCGAGCCACUCCGCGCUGGCAGCCGGGCGGCCCCACCGCUCAGUGACCGACCCCAAACCCCACCAGGCCCCCACGCCCGCCCGGCAUGGCGCCGCCGGAGCCGGAGGUGUUCGACGUCGUCAUCUUCGGGGCCUCGGGCUUCACUGGCAAGUACGUCAUACGCGAGGCCCUCAAGUUCCUCUCCCCCUCCUCCCCGCUCCGCUCCCUCGCGGUCGCCGGCCGCAGCCGCGACCGCGUGGCCGCGGCGCUGCGCUGGGCGGCGGCCCCGGCCCCGCCGCCAGAUGACGUGGCCGUCCUCGUGGCGGACGCCUCCGACUCGGCCUCCCUCGCGGCGCUCGCAUCCCGCGCCCGCGUCGUGCUCUCCUGCGCGGGGCCCUUCCGCCUCCACGGCCACGCCGUCGCGGCGGCCUGCGCGGCCGCGGGCGCCGACUGCCUCGACAUCUCCGGGGAGCCCGAGUUCAUGGAGCGCGUCGAGGCCGAGCUCCACGAGCCCGCGGCGAAGAGCGGGUCGCUCAUCGUCUCCGCCUGCGGGUUCGACUCCGUCCCCGCGGAGCUGGGGUUCCUGUUCCACUCCAGGCAGUGGGCGCCGCCGUCCGCGCUGGUGACCGUGGAGGCGUACGUUAGCCUGCACUACACCAAGAGGAUCGUCGGGAACAUCGGCACCUACGAGUCGGCCGUGCUCGGGGUGGCCAGCGCCGACCAGCUGCGGGCACUGCGCCGAUCACGUCCCAGGCGCCCAAGGCCCAAUAUCCCAGGUCCAACACCUCCCAACGGGUCACUGAUAGAGGCUCACAAUCCUCUGGGAAUGUGGGCUAUGAAGUUGCCUUCAGCCGACACAACGGUCGUGAAGAGAACUCUAUCAACCAUCACUGAGCAUCCUGAGGGGCUUCCUGGGGCUGAAGAAACCCCAGAGUACGCCAAGCACAGAAAGAACUUCUGGUCCUCUGUUAAACCUGCCCACUUCGGCGUCAAGAUCGCCUCCAAAUCCCUAGUGGUCCUCCUGCGCUCCGUGAUCAUGGGACUGUCCAUCGGCUUGCUCGCCAACUCCCCCUUGGGCAGGUACCUCCUGCUGAGGUACCCCGAGUUCUUCUCCACCGGGCUGUUCAGCAGGGCUGGCCCGACGGAGGAAGAGGUGCGGAGUGGCUCGUUCAAGAUGUGGUUCGUCGGCCACGGCUACGGCGACGCAGCCCGGGCGUUGGAGCGCGGCGGCAAGCUGGACAAGGAGGUGAUCACCGAGGUCUCGGGGCCUGAGGUCGGGUACAUCACGACCCCGAUCGUGCUGGUGCAGUGCGCCCUCGUACUGCUGACCCAGCGCGGGAACCUGCCCAGGGGAGGGGUGUACACUCCGGGCGCCCUCUUCGGCCCCACCGACCUCCAGCGGCGCCUCCAGGAGAACGGGAUGUCGUUCGAUGUUCACGGGACGAGGUCCAUGCUCUGAGGCCUGCUGGAGAAGUGUUGGGACGAAGGAUGUGCCACCUGGGGAAUAAGAAGCGAUCAGUGGCGACUAAAUUGUGUGUGUGCCUGUGUGGUGAAGAGUCCAAAUGGCCUACUACGUUCUGGUGAAGUGCCUAGUCUCUUGUUUGUGUGUUGUGUGUCUAUGUGAGGUGACAGUAGGAAAACCGGUGUGGUUGUGUGUACUGGGAGAGGCUGGGGUUAUUUGCCAUCCUUACGAUUGGCAUUCUUUCGGAAGCUACUCUUAUUUUGGCUUCUAAAUA